UCCGGUUUAUGAUAUCUUCUCUCGGUUGCUCUCUCUCUCUCUCUCUCUCUCUCUCUCUCUCUCUCUUAUCUUCAACCUUUCAACGUAAAGCCCCUAGAAAAAAUGGCUCUGGUUUUUCACUAUACAUCUUGUACUUGGCUUCAGCGAAAGACUUUUCCGAUUAAUCGGAGAUAUUCACCAAACAUCCGACGAAGAGCUACGACGUGUGAGUUUAGAAUUCCGGUAGAAAUCUCCAGUCCAGCAGAUAGAUGAGCUUUGGCUGUUCCUUCGCACAAGGUUCGCUGUACACGAUAGUCAACGAGGAGUUGUUCAUGAGUUUGAGGUUCCAGAGGAUCAGUACAUAUUGCACUCAGCUGAAUCUCAGAACAUUAAUCUUCCCUUUGCUUGCAGGCAUGGUACUUUCUUCUCUUCACCCCCUCAAGAGUGGGGCAGAAUCGUCCGUUUGCGCGAUCGGAAAGGCCAAGGAAACCAUGCGCGUUGAGUUUCAGAACCGUUUGGCGAGGAUCGUCGAUUCCCUUGACUCCUCAGCGGACAUCCAUGUUAGGGAUUUGGCCUUGGCAGGCGUCGAGGGAGGGACAUACGAGGUUGGUGAAGCGCCUCUGUCUCCGCGAGCCGAAGAGCCUACGCUUCCCAUCCGUAGGGUGGAGUUGGUGGAUGCGGAAGGAGACUUUGACCUUAUCCUUGCGGGCAUGAAGUCUGAGUGUAUCCUUCCGUCCUGUUCGAAUGAGCCCGAGGAUGGUGGAGGAAGCGCGGCUCCGAUUCCAGAAGGGGCGACUGGCGAGGGUGAGGCUCCGCGUGCGGAGGACGAUUGAGUUUGCAGUCUCGUGUGAGAAUUUUGUUUUUAUGUUCUUGUUUUGUUUCGGCCAAGUGUGGCCGUGUUUUUAUCUUGGGACUGGCCGCUUUUGGGUUUGAAUCCCCGUCGCUUUUGCGAGUUCUAAAUGAACUUCGUUUUUGCGUUCUUAAGAGCUUAUCGAAUCAUUUAUAUGGGUGUAGAGGGAAGACUACGAGUUGUCAUCUCGUAACCUAACUUUGGGUGAACUGUUGUAUCCGUGAUCUGUUUUGAGAGUU